AUGGCCCCGAAGCGCAAGGCGGGCGCCGUCGGCGGCAUCACCAAGGCUGGUAGGCCCUCCAAGGGCUCGACCCCUGGCCCGGCGACACCUCGAAGCCUUGCCAGCGACUCUAGCGAUGUUUCUGACAAUGAAGCGGAUGUCGAAAUCCCGGAGGAGAUGCGCAAGAGCAUGGUCAAGUUCGACACCAGCUCUGACGAGCAUAGAUACAGCAUGGGCCGUGGCGUUCACGACAUGGCGUCGAGACAUUUCGAUAGCAGUAGAGACUUCACUGCAUUGAGACCCAAACACGACGCUCACAACAGGCCGCUAUGGAUACAGGGCAACUUCGUCAUCGUCCUCGAGAGCUUCCAUCAGCUCGCACCGCAGGCCCAAGACUUCCUUGUCACCGUCGCCGAGCCUGUGUCACGACCCCAGUUUCUCCACGAGUACAAGCUCACCACCCACAGCCUCUACGCCGCCGUAUCCGUUGGACUCAACCCGAAAGACAUUAUAUCCACACUCGAGCGCUUUUCCAAGACUCCGGUACCCAGCAAUGUCAAGGGCUUCAUCUCAGCGUGCGGCAGGAGUUAUGGCAAGGUCAAGUUGGUCCUGCGGAAUACCAAAUAUCUCCUGGAGACCACAGAUCCAGAGGUGCUUCAGAUGCUCUUGAAGGACCCAGACAUCUCGGCCUGUCGAGUGCACGGCGCCGAGCAGAUUACAACGAGCGCCCCAAAAAUGUCGGGUUUGGCCAUUGCGGGAACGAAGGAGGCUGCUGGCAUUCGCGAGGCUGAAGGACUCAACACCGCGGAGCAGGCUGCUGCGAACCCCUCCGAGAAAGAGGUCUACGCUGCUUUGAACGACGAUGAUGACGACGAUGACCAAGAGGUUGUCCAUGCGUUUCAAAUCCGAGACGAUGCGGUCGAGACGGUCACAAAGCGGUGCCAGGAGUUGCAGUACCCCGCGCUGGAGGAAUAUGACUUCAGAAAUGAUAAUAUCAACGCCAAUCUCGAGAUUGACUUGCAGCCUUCUACGCAGAUCAGGCCAUACCAAGAGAAGAGUCUCAGCAAAAUGUUUGGCAACGGUCGGGCCAAGAGUGGCAUUAUCGUGCUCCCUUGUGGCGCCGGCAAGACCCUCGUCGGCAUCACAGCUGCGUGCACGAUCAAGAAGGGCGUAAUCGUGUUAGCAACCAGCAACAUGUCAGUUAUCCAGUGGAGGAACGAAUUCAUCAAGUGGUCCAACAUCAAUCCCGACGAUGUGGCCAUCUUCUCUUCAGACCAUAAAGAGACUUUCAGUGGCAAUACCGGUGUCAUCGUUACGACCUAUUCUAUGGUCACGGCAACUCAGAAGCGAUCGCAUGAGUCUUCUAAGAUGAUGGACUUUCUCAGGAAGAGAGAAUGGGGCCUCAUGCUUCUCGACGAGGUGCAUGUCGUUCCCGCCAACAUGUUCAGAAAGGUUAUUGGCAAUAUCAAGGCCCACUCAAAGCUUGGCCUGACGGCUACCCUCCUCCGAGAGGACGACAAGAUUGAGGACCUGAACUUUCUCAUCGGCCCGAAGCUCUACGAGGCCAACUGGAUGGAGCUGUCGCAGCAGGGCCACAUCGCAAGGGUUCAAUGCGCCGAGGUUUGGUGUCCCAUGCCAACUGAGUUCUACGACGAGUACCUGAAAGCUGCGACGCGGUCGAGGUCGUUGCUCUACGUCAUGAACCCGCUCAAGAUGCAGGCAUGCCAAUACCUCAUCACCUACCAUGAAUCCCGUGGCGACAAGAUCAUUGUUUUCUCCGAUGACGUGUACGCGCUGGAAUUCUACGCUCGGAAGCUGAUGAAGCCUUAUCUUUAUGGUGGCACUAGCAACGCCGAGAGGCAGGAGAUUCUGCAGCGAUUCCGCGAUUCUUCGGAGUGUAACACGAUCUUUCUUUCCAAAAUCGGUGACACCUCCCUCGACCUUCCUGAGGCGACGUGCCUGAUUCAGAUUUCUGCCCAGUAUGGUUCCCGUCGUCAGGAGGCCCAGCGCCUUGGUCGCAUCCUGCGGGCCAAACGACGUAACGACGAGGGCUUCAAUGCGUUCUUCUACUCGCUCGUUUCCAAAGACACGCAGGAAAUGCUCUUUUCCUCGAAACGCCAGGCUUUCCUGGUCGACCAAGGCUACGCUUUCAAGGUGAUCACAACGCUGCACAAUAUCGAAAAGACACCCAACUUGUGCUUCGCAACCGCGCAGGAGCGCCGUGAGCUCCUCCUGGGUCUGCUUGACGACAUGGAGAAGAAUAAAUCUCAAGCCGAACCCAACAAGAUGGUGCGACGCGGUGCACACCUGCUGGCGGACCUCAGCGGCGGACAGGACAUGGCAUACGUGGAGCAGAACAAGCCAGCUAGGGGUAAGAAGAAGGUUGCGCACAGUGACUUCUUCAAGAAACAACAGCGUGACAAGGACAGACGUAAGAAACUGGUCAAUGAGUAA